CCUCCCAGCUGCGUCCGCCGCUGUCCUGUCUGGCCGCCCCCGGUGUCUGCUCCGCGCUCUGCCCCUGCUCCCACCCCGGACCCGAAGCCUCUCGCCUCCUCGUCCACCGCCCCGGCUCCCGGACCUCCCUGCCCCGGUUCUUUCCUCCCCCCUCCUCCGCAUCCCCUCUCUCCCGGUGAAUGCACCAGCGCCGCCAACAUGACGGGCAUCGCCGCCGCUUCUUUCUUCUCCAAUUCCUGCAGGUUCGGCGGCUGCGGUCUCCAGUUCGAGACUCUGGCCGAGCUCAUCGUCCACAUCGAGGACAAUCACAUCGACACAGAUCCGCGGGUCUUGGAGAAGCAGGAGCAACAGCAGCCCACUUAUCUGGCCCUAAGCUACAUCAACAGGUUCAUGACGGACGCAGCACGCCGGGAGCAGGAGACCAUGAAGAAGAAGGCCACACCCAAGCUGUCCCUGUCCAUCACAGGCGGAGUGUCCAGGAACAGCACGGCCACGCCUCCCCGCCACACCAGCGGUAACCUGACGCCUCCCGUCACGCCCCCCAUCACCCCUUCCUCCUCAUUCCGCAGCAGCACACCUACAGGCAGUGAGUAUGAUGAGGAGGAGGUAGACUACGAGGAGUCGGACAGCGAUGAGUCGUGGACCACAGAAAGCGCCAUCAGCUCCGAGUCCAUCCUGAGCUCGAUGUGCAUGAACGGCGGAGAGGAGAAGCCGUUCGCCUGCCCCGUCCCCGGGUGCAAAAAGAGAUACAAGAAUGUGAAUGGUAUCAAAUACCACGCCAAGAACGGCCACCGCACCCAGAUCCGCGUGAGGAAACCCUUCAAGUGUCGCUGCGGCAAGAGCUACAAGACCUCCCAGGGCCUGAGACACCACACCAUCAACUUCCACCCGCCCGUCUCCACCGAGAUCCUGCGUAAGAUUCAGGGCUGACCACCCAAUCGCCAGUCAGCGACCCCAAACACAGCCCCGAUCCGCGUUUUCCUUCCUAUCCCACACACACUAAAGGAUCAUGUGCAUGCUUUAAGUUUUUUUUUGUUUUUUUUUGGGUCAUCUAUUUGUUUGCGUUAUGCUUAUUAUUAUUUUUUUUUUCUAUCCAUAUUAUAUCACUUGUAUUUUUUUUGAAAAAAAGUUAUCUUUGUAGUAUUUUAUUGAUGUAAAUUUGCACAUUCGUAUAUGCUAUCACUUAUUUUUUUUCCUCUUUUGUUUGACUCACAUAAGGUGCUAACUGUAAAAAAAAAAAA